AUGUCACUUUACCUUGACGAAGCGGGGUCUGACGGCUCCAAUGACGGCGAUGCGCCCAGCGAUGCUGGGUCUUGGGGUGGGAUUGACGACCCGCCCCUUGAACUUGACGAGACGACCGGUGCAGAGCCGGCUCGUGAGGGAAGCGCAUCCCCUGCGCUGGAUGAGAACGCCAUCAUGGCGCAGAAAAUUCUUCUGCUACGGCAGAUAUGUAUGACCUGCCUUCGUCGCGAGGUCAAGGAAUACAUGGAUAAUCCGCCGGCCGAAAUCUAUUGGCCCCUUAUGUUGGGGAAUUUCGAGGAUGUUAUUGCGGUCCUCUCAUGGCUCCAGUCUUUACUGGAUGCCCGUGUGGAGGAGCGCGACGACGAGAGCGACUGCAUGGCGGUUGAUGGGGAGGGAGGCGCUGUUAGGCUCUAUACCUUCUCAGAGGAUACUCGCAUGCGGAUCGCUUAUCCGCCCUAA